UAUGACGUUACAGCUCCCUCCCGAACGCUGGCCCGAGCAUCAACACAAACAGAGACUCAGCAGCAGACCCAACUAGUGGAAAACAGAAACACAUUACUACUGUACCUAACGUGGAGGUGGUUGAUGGAGAUAUAGAAUUAUUUAAGUCUCGUUGGCUGGUGUGCAGGAGAUCUUCACCAUGCGACUAACUCCAAUUGUGCUAAACUCGCAGUAUUACAUCAACCGUAACCGACCAAAAAAUGGACGAAGGCCCACCCGUCAACCCUUCCCAUUCAAUAACAAUCUUCCUAUUUUUUUGAGAGAUCACGUUUCGGGGAAGAAUGAUAAAACAAACAGUGUUGCCUGUCUUCAGGAUAUGUCUAUUCUGUUUGCAUGCUUAAAGAAAAAUGAUUUCAAUCAAGCAAUGUGCCAUAAGGAAAUUGAGUCGUUCCAGAAUUGCCACGAGAAUUUCAUGCACACACAGAGACUGAGAAAGGAACAAGAGAAACAGGGGCUUCUUGUACCUGGUGAGAGGAAUCUCUCUCACAGACAAAUUAAUCUCCUCUUGAAGAAACAUCCUCAGCCCAAAUAGGGCAUUUAUUUCAUGUACUGUACAGUAUAUAGUUUAAUAAAAAUUUAAAAUUC